AUGACCGGUCGCGGCAAUACAGGAGGGCGAAAGACGCUUCUUGCGCCCAUCCAUUUCAUUUUCAAGCUCCUCCAGCAGCGCUCUACAGUUUCAAUCUGGCUCUACGAGCAGCUCUCCUUCCGCAUAGAGGGAAAAAUCCGCGGAUUUGACGAAUUCAUGAACCUCGUGAUCGACGACGCCAUCGAGGUCAGACUUGCGACAAAGAGCGAGGAGGAAAAGCGGAGGAAUCUCGGUCAAAUCCUCCUGAAGGGCGAUAACGUUUCCCUGAUCCAGGCCGUCCAAUGA